AUGUGGAAAUCGUUAUUUGAACUCUAUCAAUAUUGCCAGAAACAUAAUAUAUAUGAUGCAGAGUAUAUAUACGAAAAGAUGAGAGCAGAUGAUACGUUUGAGUUUGUCGCUGUUAUUGAUCCUUGUGGAGAAUAUGGAAAUAUUACACAGGGAAAAGGAUCAAAGAGAAUCAUCCCAAACUAUAUAACAGAAAUUAGAGACGAAUUAAGCACAGGAUCUUUAGGUGAAUUUGAAUGUCCAGAAUCUUUGAGCUGUCUUGAUCAAAUAGUCAAUCAAUAUCAUUUAAAGAAACGAAAGAUCUCCGAAACAGAGGAGGCAAGGGCAGCGUCACGUAAGAUUACUCGUAACAAGAUGAAUUCAAGAACAGAAGAUCAGUUGGUAGAUAUCUGGUCAAUUGUCGCACCUUUAAAUGCAUCCGACGAAAAAAUUGUCGACAAUUUGAAAGGCAAGCUUGAACAAAUCAAGAAAGAACGACUUGAAUAUUUGUCAAAGGAUACUGCGUUCGAUGUUCGGAAUAGGAUAAGAACACAAAAUUAUCAGAACAAUAAUAGACAAUUUGUACCUUUCGCCUUACGUGCCACUCUAAAGGCAAUGGAAAAAGAUACGCUAGCACGGUCGUUUAGUAUGAAUGCCCCACCACCACCGUCUAAAGCGUUAUCGUCUUUAGGAAGAGAUAUCCGAUAA